AUGUCCGCGAACGGCUCGGCGACCGCCGACUCGCGGCUCUGCCACGUGCGGAAAGUCCCCGACUUCGAUGGCUACGGUUUCAACUUGCACGCGGAAAAGGGGAAGCCCGGCCAGUACAUCGGCAAGGUCGACGAGGGCUCGCCCGCGGAGAAGGCGGGCCUGCGACGAGGCGACCGCAUCCUAGAGGUGAACGGGCACAGUAUCGCCGGCGAAACACACAAACAAGUGGUGGCGCGCAUCAAAGAGCGGGCAGACGACGCCGAGUUAUUGGUCGUGGCCCCGGCGCCCGGGGAACCUGUUCCCGACUUGGACGCGCCCGAACAGAAACAAGCCAACGUACCCGCUUCCAACGAGUCGACUUCUACUACUGGCUCGACCGGCUCCGACAGAACCGACGGUGCUUCGCCGGAGCCGCCGCGUCUCAAUCUCCAGAUGACGGCGGCGGAGAUGCGCGCGUUCCUCGCGGCGAAGAAAAAAGUGGACCCAAAAAAAGUGCCAAUGGAUCUCAAAUCCAAAUUCGAUAUCGUUAAGAAGUUGUAA